AUGAGUCGUUUUACUUCUGAUGGUUUUUUAUAUACACUGUCAUCAAAUUCCUCAAACGGAACCGAUGAUGAGGGUUGUAUGUUAUGGAAUUCAACACAAAAUGUGAUAAUUACUGGAGCAUACAAUGGAAUUCCGCAGACCUUGAUUUUAAAUGUCAUAUCAUGGGUUUGUUUAAUUUUAUUAUUCUCUGUAUUGCGCCGUACAGCAUGGAAUUAUGGACGUAUGGCACUAGUGCAACGAUCGAAGAAUCGCUGGACGAACCUUUUCUACCGUGGCGGCGAUGAUGACGCGCUUGUUGAUCGACGUCGCAAUACCGAUGAGUCUCUCAAUAUUGAUGAAGGUUUCUUCACGUGGCUUCCGGCUGUGUUCCGUCUCACUCGCGAACAAGUGCUUGCAAAGUGUGGCCCAGAUGCUGUACAUUAUCUCUCAUUCCAACGCCAUGCUAUAACACUUAUGUUAAUUGUCACUUUAGUUUCUAUUGGUAUUAUUUUGCCAAUAAACUUUCAAGGAACAAAUUUGCAAGUUGAUGCAAGCACAUUCAGUAGAACUACUUUGUCAAACCUUACAGGUACAUCUUAUUGGCUAUGGGUUCAUACUUUGAUAAGCAUCUCAUUUUUGCCAGUAUCUGUAUUGAUAAUGAGAAGAUGUACAGGAAGAAAACCUGUUCCUACAUCCAUGACUGGAACAAUAAUGAUAACAAAUAUCUCCAGAGCAGAUAGAAAUGAAGCAACAAUAAGAGCUUACUUCGCCCACAAUUUCCCACAUAUACAAAUUGUGGACCUAAAAAUGGCAUUCAAUGUAAAUAAACUAAUUGAUGUACAAGAGAGGAAAGAAAUGGUUUCUGAAGCUUUAGUUUACACAGACACUUAUUUUAAGAAAACUGGGAAAAGAAUAACAGUGCGCCCCCAACUCUGUGGACCUGAUGUUGAUGCCCUUGAGUACUACACAAAUGAAGAAAAGCGUUUGAAGGAUGAAUCAAAAAGGUGUAGGGCCAUAGUACUCAAUGAUCCAUUGGGUAUAGCUUUCUUAACUUUACCCUCUUAUCAAUUAGCUGAGCAUGUUAUUACCAAUUUUAGUUUGCAUCGAGGUUGGGUUCUGACUCAUGCAACAAAUCCAUCUGACAUAAUUUGGGAAAACCUUAGUGUUCAGCCAGGAGUGUGGUAUGUCAAGGCCAUUGCUGUUAAUUUUUGCCUGUUUAUUGUUUUGUUCUUUUUGACAACUCCAGCUUUUAUUGUAAAUUUAGUGAAGAAUGUUUUAGUUAAACCAGAGUCAGUAAGCAAAUUUAAUAGCCUUAUUUUGGAUUUUCUGCCUACUUUAUUACUCUGGACUAUGGCAGCUGUGAUGCCUGCACUGGUUUCCUUUUCUGAUAAAUUUUUAUCCCAUUGGACAAGAUCACAGCAGAAUUAUUCUAUAAUGACAAAAACUGUAACAUAUCUACUACUCAUGACUUUAAUAUUACCUUCCUUGGGAUUGGCUAGUGCAGAUGCUUUAUUCCGCUGGACAUUGCACCACGUCAAUCAGACAAUGCGCUGGGAUUGCGUGUUUUUACCCGAUAAAGGCGCAUUCUUUGUAAAUUAUGUAAUAACCUCAGGGUUCAUCGGCACUUCACUUGAACUGGUUCGCUUUCCUGAACUAUUUCUUUAUGUAUGGUAUCUUAUGCAAUCGAAAUCAAAAGCUGAAAAAAGUUACGUAAAAAAAGCGAUUUUGUAUGAAUUCCCCUUUGGAGUCCAUUACGCUUGGAGUCUAGCAAUCUUUUCUAUAACAAUGGUGUACAGUCUUGCAUGCCCUUUGGUUUCUCCAUUUGGACUAAUUUACUUUAUUUUGAAACACAUUGGCGACAAACAUAAUUUGUACUUUGCUUAUGGUCCAAGUGACAUGAGUGGAGUUGGCGGAGGUCGUAUUCAUUCGACAGCCGUGCGACUUAUACGAAUCGCAGUGUUACUUUUACUUAUUAAUAUGGCUGCGUGGGCGGGUUUGCGAGCAGGCUUCGAAGCUCGUACAAUAAUUCUUAUUAUGGCAUCUAUUGUCACAUUUGGGACGUUUUUAUUGCUUAGCCCAUUCCCUAGUUGCACACCACCAGCACCUCUGCAAGAAGAAUCCAGUGUCACCCCUAAGGAAUACGUGGCUCCCGUACUAUUACGACCGAUUGAUACAACCCCUGUGUCAACGCCAUCUACUCCAGAUUAUGGAGCUUCCUCACCAGUAGUGAAUCUUGCCUAUAACCCAGAUACCAUAAAUAUAUAA